AUGGAGCCCCCACCCGACCCUCCUCCGCCCUCUCAGCCCCCAACCGAUGUGAAGGGAAAAUCUCGCGCCACGCCUUUACAAGGUUCAGCCGGAGAGUCCUCUCACGUCAACAACUCGGUUUCCAUCCCGUCUACCUCUGCUGUUGAAGACACUACGCCUGCGUCUUCAAGCUCUGCAUCUUCAAGCUCCACGUUUUCUGUUGUCCAUCCGCCUCAUCCGUUUGAAUUGGCGUUUCAAGUUGAUGAAGUCCCAGUUCCUGCAAUUUUUGUUGGCCCAUUCACCAACACUCCUUCUCGUUACUUCGGCAUCAAUUUCUCUGGAACUCGUGUUCCACACCCUGCAGAGCUUGUACAUCCUGCUCUAAUGGUUCUGGUUGUCACCGUCGGUCAUGUCGUUGGAAUUUUUGAUAGAGAAGAUCAAAUUGAUUUGGCUACACUAUUUCUCGUUCCGGGUUUUGUUGUCCGUCAGUUCUACACAUGGUACCGUGCACGCGCGUUCUACGCACAGGAGUACCAUGCUGGUCGCGUCCGGAUUGUCCCUUUCCCGCCAUCUGGUUCACCAUCUCCAACGUCCCCGCCAUCGGCCCCAGGUGGAGGCCCGUCAUCGGAUGCAGGUCCGUCAUCGGCUCCAGAUGCAGGCCUGUUGUCGGCAUCAGGCGCAGGUGCUCCGCUAUCAGGAGCUGGACAGUCUUCAACUCCUGGCCCACCCGCAUCGUCACUUCCGUCAGCAUCAAGCCCAUUGUCUACCACUACCCCCGGUUCCACUUCUGCUGCAUUGCCUCCCCCCCCUGUACCCUCUGUACCCUCUGCACCGACACAAUGUGCAUCGGCAUCGGCAAUGGCACGGGUCUCGACCCCGACAGUUGCGCUGGACCCAAAUGCACCCUUUGGUACGCAGGCUAAUCCGAUUCCCGUUGGUUUUGGCGCCGCUCGAACUCGCAGGGCUAUCCGCUUGGCAAGGUCUGACCCUCGCUUGGCUUCCAUCACUACCACAGCCAGAAAAGGGAAGGGUAAACUUCGAAUCAUCAAAGAAGAUCUCAGUAAACCCGACUACGUGAAGUUGACACCCGGAGGCAAGUAUUAUAUUCAAGACCCAGACGACCCAUGGACCUAUUACGCCGUGGACUCCAUCGAACGUAUGCUCCCGCCGCCUACUUAUCAUUUUGGCCGCUCAGCUUCGGAGAUUGCAGCAAAUCCACCUCCUCCUAUCCGACUUGAAUCCCCCAGCACUCCUUCUCUUCCUCUGCCUCCGGCUUAUUCUGCUCCAUUAGCUGCUAACCAGAAUCCCACGGUCACGGUCAACUCUUUCAACACUUCGGAACAACGUCGUAUUUCGCAAGCAAUGGAAAUUGCGGCUGAGUCUACGUGGAGCACCGAGGGUUAUUUGUGGUCGGACACCUGGCCUACUACCUCCCCAGUCGGUCCUAGCUAUGCCUAUCCUGUGCCGUCUUGGGCUGAGGCAAUGACCGAGACCUUGUCGGAUUCUUUUCCCGGACCCUUGCAAUCUCAAGACUCUCAGGCUUCCCUUGGCACCACUCUUGGCGCUUUGUCGGAAGCCAGUUCUUUGAAUAACCAAGCAAGUCAGGCGCCUACUGCUUCCUUGGAUUCAGCCUCUCGCACAAACACUCAGCAGUUGGACAUCUCUGACAGUCAGAUGGAUGUUGAUCAAGGGAGUCAGUAG